AUGAACAGCGCACAUGAUAGGGAUGUCCGUUCGAGCACCAGUUCAGAGACACAUAAUCCAGACUUGGAAAAGGGUGAGGCAAGAACAGAAAAGGAAGACGAGGCAACUAUCGCAGAAAAGAAGCUGACGCUUUCUCAGGAACCACAAGAUGACAUCGGUGCUGAACUCGAAAAGCACUUGUCGAGAAAGAGCACCAAAAAGGACCAACUGCCGCCAGAAAAGUACCCGUUAUCAGAUCUCGACAACAAUCUAGUUGGAUGGGACUCUCAAGAUGACCCAGUGAAUCCCCGCAACUUUCCCGAUUCAAAGAAAUGGACGCUCUUAGGCUUUGUCGCCGCAAUUACCUUCCUGAGUCCAUUGGCCUCAUCCAUCUUCGCGCCGGCCGUAGUCUUCGUCAACGAAGCCUUCCACAAUGAGUCACAGCUUUUGGGCUCCUUCGCUGUCAGUGUCUAUAUCUUGGGCUUCGCGUUUGGACCCCUUGUGUUGAGCCCCCUCAGCGAGAUAUACGGUCGUGUUAUCGUCUUGAAUUGCUCCAACAUUUUCUUCUGCGCCUUCACACUUGGCUGCGCGCUUGCUCCAAACCUAGGAGGCCUAAUCGCUUUGCGGUUUCUAGCCGGUGUAGGUGGCUCAGCUUGUCUCACCAUUGGAACUGCUGUCAUUGCCGAUAUGUUUGUGCCUGCUCAGCGUGGGAAAGCCGUUGCUCUGUACAGCGUCGGCAUCCUGUUCGGCCCUAUUCUGGGACCAAUCUGCGGAGGCUUUAUUGCACAGAGGGCAGGCUGGCGCUGGGACUUCUGGGUCGUAUUCAUCGUGGGCUGUCUCCUCACUGGCGGAUUGAUCGUGUUCAACAAAGAGACGUAUCAACCUGUCCUGCUCAAGCGAAAGACCGAACGACUCCGCAAAGAGCUCAACCGCCCCGAACUCCAAAACAUCAUGACGUACGACAAGGAUGCAUCUAGUACUAGUGGUGCCAGCAUCCUCAAGCAGGGAAUCAUUCGUCCAGUCAAGAUGCUCACAAAGUCGCCCAUCGUUCUAUUUUGCUCGCUAUACAUGUCAUUCCUCUUCGGACUGUUAUACUUGCUUUUCACAACAAUCACGCCCGUGUUCAUCAGGACAUAUGGUUGGUCGCCAGAAAUCACCGGUCUUGCAUACCUCGGUAUUGGCAUCGGUAACUUUAUGGGUAUCGCCUUCGUCGCAAAGACGUCUGAUGCGACAAUUAUUCGCCUAGCGAAGAAAAACAAGGGUGUUUAUGAGCCAGAGAUGCGGUUACCGCUUUGCGUCUUCUUCGGCUUGUUGAUCCCUGUGUCUUUCUUCUGGUACGGUUGGACCGCAUACUACAAAGUACAUUGGAUCGUUCCCAUCAUCUCGCUCGUGCCUUUCGGCUUCGGUGUCAUGGGCAUUUUUGCUCCUCUACAGACCUACAUGAUUGACUGCUUCCCUCAAUACGCCGCCUCCGCCAUGGCAGGCAUGACAGCAAUGCGUUGCUUGUUCGGCGCCAUGCUGCCGCUUGCAGGUCCCAGUAUGUACGCGACUAUGGGUCUUGGGUGGGGAAACAGCAUGCUGGGCUUUGUAGCUAUCGCUUUCAUCCCAGUUCCAGCUUUGCUAUUCAGAUACGGCAAGCAUAUUCGUGAGAGAUAUCCUAUUAAGGUGUAG